CCGGACUCUGCCCCGCACUGUCAGGCUGCUGUGGUGUCAGAGCAGAGCGGCGGUGCCCGGAUUCGAGCUCUGACAGACCGGGGUGACGAGGAGGGGAUGCGCUGACUGGAGCCGGCUGAGCAGGGUUUGAAGCAAGAAUGAAAGAUGGACCCUGAGGAACAAGAGUUGUUGGGGGAUUACCGCUACCGCAAUUAUUCCUCGGUGAUCGAGAAAGCCCUGAGAAACUUCGAGUCUUCGAGCGAGUGGGCAGAUCUUAUAUCCUCACUCGGCAAACUAAAUAAGGCUUUGCAGAGCAAUUUAAAGUACUGUUUACUUCCGAGGCGUCUGAUCAUCAGUAAGCGGUUGGCGCAAUGUCUGCACCCGGCUCUCCCCAGCGGCGUGCACCUCAAAGCCCUGGAGACCUACGAGAUCAUAUUCAAAAUCAUCGGGACGAAAUGGCUGGCCAGAGAUCUCUUCCUCUACAGUUCCGGAUUGUUCCCGCUGCUGUCACACGCAGCCAUGUCCGUGAGGCCGGUGCUCCUAGGUCUGUACGAGACGUAUUUCCUUCCUCUUCAGAAAUCGCUACUGCCGAGCCUUCAGGCCUUCAUCACGGGCUUACUCCCAGGACUGGAAGAGGGCUCUGAAAUUUACGAGAGGACGGACAUGUUACUCCAGAGGCUGGCCGUGGUGGAAGGACAGGAGGUGUUCUACGGCGCGCUCUGGGGCAGCGUCCUGGUCAACAGUUCCAUCAGACUCCCGGCCUCGCUUUUUGUUGUCAGUCACAUCAACAGAGACCUACCUGCCAAAGCACAGAGCCACAUGCUGGGCAACGACAGUCAGCUGGCUAUUAAAGCUCUCUGCGUCUCCGUUAUGGAUUCGAACGUUCUCGUGCAGAGGAACACGCUGGAGAUUCUGCUCUUCUACUUCCCGUUCCACGCAGCUCUGGUGCCCAGUGAAUGCCCGAUCCUGCUUCUCGAAGCCGAUUUCAUUCGCAUUCUGUCGGCAUCUAUCCAAACUGUCCUCAGGAGGGACAUGUCGCUGAACAGGAGGUUAUUUGCCUGGCUGCUGGGGUUUGAUAUCAAAGGGGGAUUCGUGGCGCCACAGCUGAAAGUAUCCGCAGAGGAUGAAGAAUACUGUAACAGUUUUUUUGCGAAGUACUCAAAGGAUUUUUUGGUUCAGGCUCUGAUGCAGAUAUUACACCAGAAUAUCCCACAUUCAGACCCUGACCAAGGACUACAAGUUUACCUGAAGCCUUUCCGGAUCCUCAUCAGUCUCCUGGACAAGCCGGAGAUAGGUCCGCCUGUAGUGGGGGAUUUAUUUCUGGAAGUGAUCCGAGCCUUUUACGCGUAUUGUAAGGAUGCGCUAGGGGCAGACAUCAAGCUGAGCUACGGACAGACCGGCAGCCAGCUGAUAAGCGCAAUUAAAGAAAACAAAAACGCGUCUGAGAUUGUCAAGACUGUGAAUUUACUGAUCACGUCUCUGAGCUCAGACUUCCUCUGGGAUUACAUGACUACGUGCUUUGAGGAUUGUUUCAGGAGAAAGUCUCUCGAUGCCUCCCGUUCCGUGGGCCGAGCUCCGUCCGUGUCUGAGAUCUGCACGUUAACGGUGUUUCUACUGGAUGUAAUUCCUUUGGAGCUGUAUUCCGAAGUCCAAACCCAGUACCUGCCGCAGAUGCUCAGUUAUAUGGCUCAGUCUCUGUCGGAGAACAUGGACCUGCUGAGCCUGCCCGAGCUCACUCAGGCGCUCAAGACGUGUUUCAAAGUUCUCAGCAAAGUGCAGAUGCCGCCGGCCUAUCUGGACAUGGAAAGUCUGAGCCCAGACUCUAGUCCAACCAAAGAAACCAUAAGAAUAAAAGCAGUCGGUGAAACGGAUGUUGACUCUGUAGAAGAAGACCCUGUUUUUCCUCCACUCAAGUCCGAGGACAGCGGUAUUGGCCUAAGCGCGUCCUCUCCGGAGCUGUCCCAACACCUGCGGGUACCCAGGGUGUCCCCGGAGAAAGGAGACGUUUGGAAGAAGGGCGGCAACGUGCAGAAGACCCUGCAGUGCAUCCAGGAACUGGUGGCCACCUUCGCCAGUAGGCAGUUCUUCGGGAUUCAGCUGCAGGAACAGAAUAAUGGGAGAAGCUCCCAGGUGAGUGUGGCGGCAGAUGGUAAAGAUGGAAGCACAAAGAAGAGGGGGUCUUGGGAACCUAAGCAAAUCACCGUACCCCAGUUCAAACAGAUGCUGACGGACUUUUUCACGCCGCGGCCACCUGUAACCAAACAGAAGAACGAGAAGGCUGACUUCUCCCCAGGACUCCCCCAUAAUAAGAGGAUUAAUAGCAAAGCGUCUGACGAGGAAUGGGACAUUGACCGUUUCAUACAGAACAUGGGCAGAGUUACAGUGGACUGCAGGGAAGCCUUCGCUGCCGCUUGCCACUUUUUACUGGACUGUGCCACCUUUCCUGUCUACCUGUCCGAGGAAGAAACCGAUCACCUGUAUUCUACUCUCUUUCAGCAUCCUGGUUCUGGAGAAGCCAGCUUCCCUCUCUGGUUUAAAUCCCUCAUGACCAUAUGUUGUUGUGUGAAGGAUUGUUAUAUCCAGAACGUAGCCAUUUCUACGUUGCUGGAAGUCAUCAAUCACUCCCAGUCCUUGUCUCUCGUGAUGGAAGACCGGAUGAGGAGAGCGAAGACCUCGGGAUACAGCGCAGUCUUCGGGAAGCUGCAGAUGGUCACUGUCCCGCCGGUCGCUCCAGGAGUUCUGAAACUUAUUGCAGAGAAAACAGACUUCUACCCGAGAGUGGCCCACGUGCUGUGGAAUCAGCUGAACAUGGAGACCAGGGAACAUCACAUCACCUGCGUGGAGCUCUUCUAUCGGCUGCAUUGCUUGGCCCCCUCUGCUAAUAUCUGCGAAGAGAUCAUCUGCCAAACCCUACUGGACAACGAUAAAGUCACCCGUCUGGAAGCUCUGUUUCGUUUCUCGGUGAUUUGGCAUCUGACAAGAGAGAUUCAAGGCAGCAGAGUCACUUCACACAACCGUUCGUUCGACAGGUCUUUGUUCGUAGUGCUUGAUAGCCUGAACUGUUCCGACGGUGCCAUUGGCGCAGCUGCCCAGGGUUGGCUGAUCCGAGCCCUCUCCUUAAACGAUGUUGCCAGGAUCCUGGAGCCCGUGUUACUGCUCCUGCUCCAUCCGAAGACCCAGCGCACUUCCAUUCACUGUAUCAAGCAGAAAGACGCAUCAGAAGAAAUCGGCUAUUGGUGUAGAAAGAAAAUUACUUCUAUGAAAGACCACUCAACGUUACACGAGUUACCCGAAAGCAGCUCGGAUGAGAGUUUUCCUCAAUUUAACACGGUUGACAGGGAGGCCAUCUGGGCUGAAGUAGAGAAAGACCCUGAAAAGAUGAGAAACGAGCUGACAGUAAAUCAUGCGAAUUACACUAUGUCCCAGGGAGAAGAGGAUCAGGAGGACAGCGAGCACACCGAAUCGGCGGAUACAAGCACCGGGCACAACGACAGCGAGAACACCUCCUCCUUCACCACGAGCUCAGCUGAUCUGAGCAAUGAGCAAACUUGUGCAGAUGGCCCUGGUGGCCAAGGGAGCCUGAAAAUCAUAGGCCACCCAAACAUGGCCUACGUGGAUUCCCCCAGACAAAGCACGUUGCUAAACCUGGCACGCACCGGAUCUGACGUAACGCAGACGUCUGAGUCCCUGUCCAGUGAUGAUGAAGCGGAUCUGGAGCUUCAAGCCAUCAGAAGCACCCGACUUCUGAAGCAGCAGAAAGAGAAGGAAGAGUUGAUUGAGGCCCUGUUUAAACACAUUCUUCUGUAUUUGCAGCCCUACGAUUCCAAAAGGGUGUUGUAUGCUUUUUCGGUGCUAGAAGCCAUUCUGAAAACCAACCCCAAAGAAUUUAUGGAGGCCGUCGCUAGCACCAGCAUGGACACCAGCUCCACAGCCCACCUCAACCUUAUAUAUAACCUACUGGCGCGCCAUCAGGAAGCCCUUGUUGGGCAGAGUUUUUAUGGCAAGCUUCAGACGCAGUCUCCAUCAAUGUGUCCUCAUUCUCUUUUGAUAGAGCUUUUGACAUACCUCUGCCUGAGCUUCCUGCGUGCUUAUUACCCAUGUUACCUCAAGGUCAACCAUAAGGACGUGCUGGGCAACAGAGACGUUCAAGUGAAAAGCGUUGAAGUCUUGAUCAGGGUCAUGUCUCAGUUGGCCACCAUGGCCAAGUCAUCGGAGGGCAAGAAUGUUGAGUUCAUCCACAACUUACUUGAGAGGUGUAAAGUACAAGAAUUUGUUCUUCUCUCGCUGUCUGCUUCCAUGUACACAAGCCAAAAAAGAUACAAGUUAAUGUCAUCGGGCUUUAAUAAAGACCCUGAAGAAGAGUUGUUUGAAGAGAGCGUGAUCAAUUUUGGUCAAGACCAAAUCUGGAGUGAGCAUCCGCUACAGAUUGAGCUCCUGAAGCUCCUCCAGAUAUUGAUUCUCUUGGAGCAUCACCUGCACCAACAACAAGAAGACCAGGAGAACUAUAUAGACCUCUCAAAGGAAUGGCAACGAGGCCUCAGCUUUCAGCAGUCUAUUAAUGCAAUGCAGUACGUGCAGUCUCACGCGAUAACGUCUCAAGGCUUGUUCGUCUCCGCAGUGGUGGGAGCCCUGCGUCCAGAAUACGGAUACGGGAUGCACCCUCCGUGGGUGGCCUUGGUCACGUCGUCUCUACCUUAUUUUGGAAAAUCCUUGGGGCUGACGGUGGCGCCUUUUGUUGCGCAGAUAUGUAAGAACUUGGAUGAGCUUGUGAAGCAGUAUGAAAAUGAGUCUGUGAGCAUUAGCGUGACUACUAAACGGGAGAACGUGUCGCCCGAUUACCCUCUCACUCUAUUGGAAGGCCUGACAACAAUUGGCCAUUUUUGCCUUUUGGAUCAUCCCGCGCAAUCUAAAAAGUCCUCCUCAACAGAUCCUGCCAACCUAAAGAACGCACGGAACGCCAUUCUAGAGGAGCUUCCCCGGAUCGUUAAUAGCUUAUCGCUUCUGUGGAGCGUCAUUAACAAGCAAGAAAGGGAGAAGAGACCUUCAGAUCUGCUUGGUACAAUCAAAGGGUCGUCUUCGGUUUAUUUCAAAACCACCAAAACACUAAAGCAGAAAAUUCUGGAUUUCCUCAACCCUCUAACGGGACACUUAGGGGUGCAGCUGAUUGCUGCCGUCGCCGCCGUGUGGAAAAGAAAAAGAUUUAACAAGAACCAAAGUAAAGCUAAGAUUAUUCCAGUGCCUAGCGAGUCUCAGCUCACCCUCGUUGACUUAGUAUUUGCAUUGAAGAGCUUGAAGAUCGACACCAUCUUGCAUCUGGUCAAAGAAGUUGUGAAGAAGCCGCCACAGAUCAAAGGAGAAGAGAAGUCUUCGUUGGUUGAUAUUCCGAUGCUUCAGUUCAGUUACGCUUUUAUUCAAAGGUUAUCACCGUCCGACAUGCAGGAAAACUUCCAGCCCUUGUUGGCGCUGCUGAAAGAGUCUGUGCCGCUCAACCUGGCUCCUCCCGGCUUCUUCCUAUUGUUAAGCAUCCUGAAUGAUUUUGUAACCCGGACACCUAAUUUGGAUAACAAAAAAGACCAGAAGGAUCUGCAGGAGGUGACCCAGAAGAUCUUGGAAGCCGUGGGCAAUGUCGCCGGCUCCUCGCUGGAGCAGACCAGCUGGCUGAGCCGUAAUCUGGAGGUCAAAGCUCAGCCACAGGUCUCUUUAGAUGAUGCAGAUGAUGCUGAGGAUAUAUACGAGGAGUCUUCUGCCGCACAAUCCUCCAUGGUUUCAGCCUCUGCCCCGUCUGUCUACAGCGUCCACGCUCUCUCGAUGCUCGCCGAGGUCCUGGCGACUCUUCUGGACAUGGUUUACAGGAGUGAUGAAAAAGAGAAAGCUGUUCCUUUAAUAUCCCGCCUGCUGUACUACGUCUUUCCUUAUCUACGAAAUCACAGCGGAUACAAUUCUCCCAGUUUCCGUGCUGGCGCCCAGCUACUCAGCAGUCUCAGCGGGUACGCCUAUACCAAACGGGCCUGGAAGAAGGAGGUCCUGGACCUGUUUAUGGACCCUGGCUUUUUCCAGAUGGACACCUCCUGCAUUCACUGGAAGUCCAUUAUUGACCAUCUAUUGACCCAUGAGAAAACCAUGUUUAAGGAUCUGAUGAACAUGCCGAGCAGCUCUUUAAAGCUCUACCCAAGCAGUGAGCAAAAGGCCAUGUUGCUAAAGCGUCAAGGCUUUGCCGUGUUCAGCGGUGAACCUGAUCAGUAUCACCUCUACCUGCCUCUAAUACAAGAGCGACUUACAGAAAAUAUCCGGAAUGGGCAAACUCCUAUCAUGGCAGCACAGAUGUUCCUGUUUUUCCGUGUCCUCUUACUAAGGAUUUCCCCUCAGCAUCUCACUUCGUUGUGGCCAAUUAUGGCCACAGAGUUGAUACAUGCAUUUGUCCAACUCCAAGAUCGCUUAAUGGAAGAGGAUACUUUGUCGAAAACCGGUAAGACCAGCAAAUCCAAAGCCGUGGCAGCAGAGAGCAACGGGCCUGUAUACUGCGAGAUCCAGCAAAGCUCGCUCGACCUCUACUUAUCGGCCAGCAAGUUCCUGGACACGGCUCUGUCGUUCCCGCCGGAUAGGAUGCCUCUGUUUCAGAUGUACAGAUGGGCUUUUGUCCCAGAAGUCGAUACAGAUUCCUGUAACAUGACUUCGGAGGUUGGAGAGAGUCAUCACGAAUGCAAACCCCAUGUUGUUCGAAUACUAGAGCUGCUGAAGUUGAGAUUUGGGGAAAACCUCACCGAAGAAGCUGCGCCGAAGCGCCGUGAAUUCCCUCUUCUCAAUCUCCGUUCUGUAUCCCACAUAACACAGCUGAUGCCCUUCUUCAGGACCCUCAGCUACGCCUUCAAAGCAAAGGGGCACGGAUCCCACCAGGCUCUGGCGUCUAGUGUCUAUGUGGAAUACCCCGUAGAAGACUCCGCCAGGGUGCUGAAGGAACUCGAAGAGAACGUGGAGUCUGACUUCUUGGACGUCGUAGCUGGUUAAAAAAAAAAAAAAAGAGCAAAUACUUGUGCGAAACGUCCGGUUAAAAGAAGUGUUAGACUCCAAAAAAGACAUCAAAGGCAGAAACCGGCAAGAAGUGUGUGAAUGAAGUGAAAUCUUCAGAAAAAGAACUUUUAGACUUGAAUUAAAAAGCGCGCAUACAAAGCGGUGCAUGCACAAUGUGAAAAUGACUCAUUACAAU